CAUUCUUGUCUCUCCGCCUCCAUCUCGCCCCGCAACGCCCGCAUUUGGUGCCGCCUCUCUCCACGCGCUUUCCCAAUCACGGCGCCGCUUUCAAUCACCGCCUCGCCGUGCACCGCCACACCUUCCCGUCCCCGGACCCGACGCAGCGUGCCCUGCCGCCGUCCGUCCCCCUUCGUAUAAUGGACGCCGACGAGCCACCGGAGCCCGCUGUAUCCGCACGCCUCUGCCGCCGAUUCCGGAGGUAGGAUUUCGCCCUCCCGCGCGGCAAUGGGCUGCACGACCUCCCACGACGCCGUCGCCGCCGCUGUCACCUCCUCCAGUUCCCGGCCCCGUGCGCGCCGCGCGUCCGCGUCCGCGUCCGGGCCCUCACCGCGGCGCGGAGACCCCGCCGCGCUGUGCCGCGAGCGCGUGGCGCUCAUCCGCGCCGCGGCCGACCGCCGGUACGCGCUCGCCGCCGCGCACGCUGCCUACUUCCGCUCGCUCGCCGCUGUCGGCGACGCGCUGCGGCGCUUCGUGGCGUCCGCGCUCGCGCCCGGCACGCCCGGGUCCUCGCCGGUGCUCACGCUCCCGCCUUCCCCCGCCAAGCCGGUCGCUGCCGCGUCCGCCAGCCUCCCGCCGUCGCCGUCGUCCACCGUCUCGCCGCUCUCGCACUCCGUCUCCGACGACGACCUCCAUCUCCAUGACCUUGACGACACCCCGUCUCCGUCGACGUCCACGAGACACUACCACCACUUCAUGAGAAGAUCGCCCACCGUGCCCACCGUGGUGUACGAGGACCCCAACGCCCAGACACAGUACACCACAGCCGAGACCAGCUACGGAUACGCCUACGGCGUCGGCGACGGCUACGGGCCUGCGUACCCGUACGGUCCCUAUGGUGAGGUAGUUGCAGGAGAGACUCCGGAGGCGGCACCGAGAUCGCCUGGGCCGCCGCCUUCGCCCCCGACCGCGGAGGCCUCGCCAUGGGAAUUCUUCGACCCGUUCACGCAGUACGACCAGUUCAUGGAGGACUACACUCGUGGGAAUCUGCCAACCAACAGCCCCAACUACGCCGAGCUGAGGAGGAUGGAAGGCAUCCCGGAGCUUGAGGACGAGGCCGAGUUGGUGGGGAAUGCAGAGGCAUCAAAGCCAUCGACUUCUGGGGUUUCUGAUCAGAACAAGAAAGGGAAGGGACCAAUUCAAGACAAUGCCGCUUCCAACGGCGAUUUUUCUGGUGACAGCAAGCUGCAGAAGAAAGCGACUUCAAAGGCCGAUUCUUCUGGUGGAAAGCUGCAGAGGGAUGCCACUUCAAUCAGCGAUUCUCCUGGUGGCAAGCUGCAGAGGAAGGGAUCGGAACCACCUCCUGGUGGCAAGUUACAGGGGAAGGGAUCGGAGCCAACUACUGACGCCAAAGGCGAGGCGGGGAAACCGGUGUCCAGGAAUGAUUCCGGGCCAAGCAAUGUCAGCUCGAAAAACAAAGAAGGGAGGAAGAAGAACACAAUGAGCCUAAAGGGCACAGUUAGCAGUGACAUUGAUGGCAGCAGCACCAGUGGGAAGAAGAAAGGUGUGGCCUUCGAAAGGGAACGAUCCAUCAGAGAAGCAGAAGGAUGUGGGGAGAUCCAUGGCCAGUCGGUGGUGAGCAGCGACCCAUUCUCACCAUCGCAUCAUGGGACGAGGGAUGUCAGAGAGGCGAUUAAUGAGGUCAAUGAGCUGUUCGACGAGGCGGCAAACUGCAGCACAGAUGUCUCAAGGCUGCUGGAGGUGGGCAAAAUGCCUCGUAGCGAUACCCCGAGAGUUCUCAGAUAUGUCUCUUCCAGAGUGAUGGAUCCUUUAGGCCUUGCUGUGUCGACAUCGUCUUGCCUCCCGAAAUCACAUGGCAGGAAGUCGAGACCAUCAAGCAGCAUGGCAAGGACUUCAGCUUCGUUAGAUGCUGGCAGUAGCAAUGAUGUUGGCCACCUCUCAUCAACCCUGGAGAAGCUGUGGGUCUGGGAAAAAAAGCUCUAUCAGGAAGUUAAGGAUGAGGAGAAGCUACGGAUGAAGUAUGAGAAGUAUUACAGAAGGCUGAAAUCCAUGGACGAACGAGGCGCUGAAUCAAGUACAAUCGACUCCACCCGUUUGUCCGCAAGACUUGUGGAGUCCAAGAUCAGCAUCAACAUUAGAACCGCAAACGCCUUCUCGUUAAAAAUACAGGAGAUUCGAGACGAAGAGCUUUACCCUCAACUGGUUGAUCUCAUCCAGAGGUUCAGGAGUUUGUGGAAAGAUAUUAUGGAAUGCCAUGAGAAGCAGCUAUUAGCCAUACAGGACAGUAGGAUUCACUGGAUGAAGGCGAUGACUGUAAGUGAAUCCGGCGUUGUGUCAGAGGCCUCACGGGAUUUGGAACGGGAGCUGACGAAAUGGUACCGUUGCUUCAACAAGUGGAUGAUCUCGCAAAGGUCCUGUGCCGAGGCGCUGAACGAAUGGCUGAAGAAAUGGCUCCCUGAGUCGCAGGAGGAGGUUACAGCAGACGGGGCUCCUCCUUUCUCCCCGGGCAGGCUUGGCGCGCCACCCGUAUUCGUCGUCUCAAACGACUGGUUCCAAGCGAUCGAGAUGGUCUCCAGGACUGAUGUGCUGAAAGCGAUCGACCAGUUCUCUAAGGUCGUGCGUAGAUUCAAGAAGAGCCAGGAAGACGAGCGGCGGCAGAGGCGGAGAGCCGACCACGCCUCCAAAGACUACGACAGAAAGCGCAAGGAUCUGGAGGAAGAGCUCGGGCUGAGCACCAUGGAGAGUCCUCGCUACAGCCAUGACAACCGUGUGGUGGACCUGGAGAAGCUGAGGAAAAGAAGAGACGAGGAGAGCACCAGGCAUGACAGGGUCCUGAAUCAUGCCCACGUCACGGCUUCAGCUACUCUGCCAGUCGGUUUGGUCCCUGUGCUGCAACAGAUCACCAGCUUCUUUCAGAGGAACCAACGGGUCUACAUGCAGAUUAGAACUCAACAAGGCGCCUGAUGAUGAUUUCUAGUUAGCAGUGUUGCAUUCUUUUGUAUAUAGAAUUUACAAGAUGGGGUUAUAGACUGCUGGAGUUUUACAUAAGUAGCUACUAAUUCAUGGUAGGUAUAGGUGUUAGACUGUGUGUGUGGGCCGGUACCGCUGUUGGGCUGUCAGUCCAUUAGGAGGUUAGGGUUCUGUGUCUAUAUAUGUAAUCACCACCUCUAUGCAAUAUCAAUCAAGAGUUCCAUUCUCCUACAA